GUGGGGAGAGGAAGAAAUUGAACACCCCGAAGAAGGAAUCCCAAUAUAUAUAUUAUAUAUAAAAAUAAAUAUAUAUAUACGCAUAUAGAGAGAGAGAGAGAGACGAGAGAGGAGAGGCCAUCGCUGGCGAUGUUGAAGCUGAACGCGACGGCCUCCCCUCCCGGGAGCACCCCGUCGGAGGAGCCCGGGGAGGAUCAGCAGGCGGCUGGGGUGGGUAUCCUGUUGCAGAUCUCGAUGCUGGUGCUUUCUUUCGUCGUCGGCCACGUCCUUCGCCGCCACAAGUUCUACUACCUCCCCGAGGCCAGCGUCUCCCUCCUUAUCGGUUUAGUUGUUGGAGGAAUUGCUAACAUUUCACAUACAGAGGCCAAUAUUAGGGGAUGGUUCAAUUUCCAUGAGGAAUUCUUCUUCUUGUUCCUGCUACCUCCAAUUAUAUUUCAGUCAGGUUUCAGCUUAGCACCGAAACCAUUUUUCUCAAAUUUUGGAGCUAUCAUUACAUUGGCUAUUCUUGGAACAUUUAUUGCCUCGGUUGUGACCGGAAUUCUGGUUUAUCUUGGUGGCUUGGCAUAUCUAAUGUACAAACUUCCCCUGGUUGAAUGCCUGAUGUUUGGUGCUCUAGUAUCUGCGACAGAUCCUGUGACUGUACUAUCCAUAUUUCAGGAACUUGGCACUGAUGUCAACAUAUAUGCCUUGGUUUUCGGUGAAUCUGUCCUAAAUGAUGCAAUGGCAAUUUCCUUAUACAGAACCAUGUCAUCUGUAAGACACAGCAAGUCCUCAGGACAAAGUUUAGCGUUGGCCGUUCUGAAGUUUCUUGAGACAUUUUUUGGGUCAAUGUCUUCAGGAGUUGGAGUUGGAUUCAUUUCUGCUCUUCUCUUCAAGUAUGCAGGGUUAGAUGUUGAUAAUCUUCACAAUCUGGAAAGCUGUCUUUUUGUUCUUUUUCCUUACUUUUCGUACAUGUUAGCUGAAGGUCUUGGCCUCUCUGGCAUAGUUUCAAUAUUGUUCACUGGAAUUGUCAUGAAGCAAUACACAUUCUCAAACUUGUCUAAAAAUUCUCAACACUUUGCUCCUGCUUUCUUCCAUUUGCUUUCUUCACUAGCAGAAACUUUUGUAUUCAUAUAUAUGGGCUUUGAUAUUGCAAUGGAACAACAUAGCUGGUCACAUAUUGGUUUCAUCUUCUUUUCAAUUGUAUCCUUUCCAUUUCAUUCAUCCAUCUGUUUUCUUGCUGAAUUUGAAGUAACAUUUUUUUGGGCACUCCUUAACUUCUCACUUUGUUGCAUGAACCAGCUCUUUAUAGGAGUUGCAAGGGCGGCACAUGUCUUCUCCUGUGCUUGGUUGAUCAACAUGGUACGUCCAGCAUCUUCCCAGAUACCCAUGAGACAUCAGAAGGCACUUUGGUAUAGUGGGCUUAGAGGGGCUAUGGCUUUUGCUCUUGCCUUGAAGUCGGUGCAUGAUCUUCCUGAUGGACAUGGCAAAAUAAUUUUAACUGCUACCACUGCCAUUGUUGUUAUAACAGUGCUGUUGAUUGGAGGCUCAACGGGAAAGAUGCUUGAAGCUUUAGAAGUUAUCGGUGAUGCUUACAGUGGUCCGUAUGGAGAAGAGAACUUAGGGGACAACCAUGACUAUGUCGGACCAUCUUUUGAUGAGGGAACUUCUUCUGGGAACAAGAUCAGGAUGAAACUUAAAAAAAUCCAAAGCACUGCCUCGUUCACUGCACUGGACAGGAACUAUCUCACUCCUAUCUUCACAUCUAAAAAUGAUGUUCCCGAUGAGGCUCCUGAAAAUUCGAGAACAAAAGAAUUCCAAGUGCAUCAAUAAACACUGCAUUUUUUUUCUUUUUUCAGCAUGCCAAAGUUUAAGAGGAGAUUCUUUUUGGUGAUUUCUCAGAGGGUUAUCAUCUCUACUUUAUCAUACCAUGUAUAUAUCAGCUGGCUGAUUAUUGUCCAAGCAAUAGAUAAUAGUUCCUUUCAUUUGUGUCAACUAAUAUCACUUAUAUAGGACAGAGGAAUCGUCUGGCUGGUUGA